AUGAAAUAUUUUAUAAAGCUCUUUAUAAUAAUAUAAAUUGCCUCUUAGAUUUCGUUAAUCUAUGCAUUUAAAAAUAAAUUUAGAUAAGAUCGUAUUAAUGCUGAUGAUAAUAAUGAAUCAAAUGCACUUUCGCUCAGCAGUGGAAUUACUAUAAAACCUAGCAAUUAUGAAAAUAAUAGUUUGUUGAAAUUGCUAUCUUCUGAAUCUAAUUAUGCUUCUUUUGAGCUACUUGCUGACACAGGAGCAUUCAAAAUUGAAAAUAGCAGUGUUACUAUUUUAGAAAUAAGUGAGGGAAUUUUUGACAUUUUAGUCAAUACAAAGUUAGAAAAUAUAUACAUAAAAGAAGACAUAAUUAACAGAUAAAAUGACUUAAAAUUAUGGAAACUUUACUUAUAGGAUGUUUGUAAUGAGAAUGAGGAAAUCGUUGGAUGGACUGAUAAUUCUACAUCAAAAUGUGAUGGCAUAUUCAUGCUAGGUGGAUUUAAUAACUUCGCUAAGGGAGAAGUAAAGAAAAUUUAUGAGAAUAUCCCUGAGCAUAGUUAAGUAAGAGUAGUUGCAUAAUACCACUUCAUAGAUUAAUGGAUGGGAGAAGUUGGUUUCAUGAAGAUUAAUUCUCAUUUAACAGAUAAUACUAAGUAAGAAUAUGUAUGGGUUUAGAAAUACGAUACUACUAAAAUAAAUGCUUAAAAUCCUAUCAAUGUCUGUGGAGCUCCCUAUCCUGAAUACUAGCUUACUUUCCAAAUUGAUAUAGUCGUUCCUCAUAAUAAAGAAAAUAUUAUUUUAUCUUUUGGUUCCACACUCGAAACAGAAGACCCUGCAGAGGCUUCAUUCGGUUUAUCUAAUAUUCAAAUCUAUUUGUAGUGA